UCGUAGGUCGUAGGGAAAGAGAGAAGACGCCCUGUGAGACCACUAACGUUGCUUGCGAUUUAAUGAGAAUUUUGCUAUUUUUCCCCUUUGUUGCCGUCCUCGGCAAUCUCGGCAUGCGAACGAGCGCGAGGUUACACAAGGAGCUGUCCUCGCGUUACCUCCUUGCGAAAUGAUCGUAUCGAGCACGUUGAAGCUUGAAAUCAUACUAAUUUCUAGGGUGGAAAUCUCCGUGAACUGAAAAAUGUAUUAAUGUGUGAUGGGUGAUUUUCUCCGAGAUUUUCUCUGCGGGCGCGUCGAUGCUCGAGGUUCCCCCUUGACGACAUAUCGCUAUCUAGAUCUUAAUUAUAAAGAUUUAUGAUAUUAUGCAGAUUGCAGAGAGCAACUAGCUCUCUCGGCGUAACUAGCGUCGUAUACUUUUGCAAGACUUUCACGGAAGAUUUUCCCACGUGGCCCGUAUAUACACGCCGCGCCCGCGCCGCGCUCAUACGCUCUUUCCGCGACGCGUCUUUUAAAUUUAAAGGUAAAAGAGAAUCAUGGCUUUUCGUUCGUUUCUUUAUUCUAUAUGUCUUAUCGUCACAUUUUCACACAUUUCCAUGCAACAUGCAACAUCUUCCGUACGUUAAUAAAACCCGAAUUACGUCAAUUGACUUAAUUUUGCUCCACACUAUUUUAUUUUCCAUGACACGGAAAACGUUUGAAAUUUCAGUUAUUCUAUACAAUCUACAUUAUUUCUGGUACGUCUGAUCUGACAAUAAGACAAUCUAUUCUUUUGUAACGAUAAACCAAUUGAUUAAAGAUACGUACGCUAUCAAAUCGACUUGGCUUUCUCUCGGCCAGUUUUAUCAAAACUAAUAUUGCAUCGUCCGCGUCGUACAAGCAAGUUGUAAACAUUAUCCUCGACGUCCUCCUCCUUACCGCCGGAAAUAGGCUCCUUGAUAUACGUCCUUUCAACUAACGCGAGUGCGAGUGGGAAUAAACUAACUUGACGGACAACAACUACGUGUCGUUACGUCGUACGCGCGAGAUGAGAAAGUGUUCCAAAACCCGAUCAAGAGAGGAAACGACUCACGAUCCAUUUAAAUUUCAGUCAAGAUUUAAGCUAAGAGAUUUUUUUCUUAGGAUUAAUUAUAAAUUUACACAAAUGAAGCAUGUCCUACGGACCUACGAAGUUGUAUUACGACACAUCGUACGAUACUAUAAUAAUAACAUGUGAAACAAAUGAAAGAUAUGAGAAAUAUCUAGUGGCGAUUCGAAAUGCAGAGCAAAACCACGAGGAAUGCAAUAACACGAAGCACGAAUGCUUCAAAAGUGUCAUCGCGCGAGAUCUAAGGCCUUUUAGAGAGAAGGGCGUAAGCGAAGAAAUGAUUGAAGCUGCCAGAACUAGGGGUACAUUUUACCAGAUAAUCAAAGGUAAAUUGUACAGAGAGAAAGACUGUAUGUUUCCAGCCAGAUGUGCUGGAAUUGAACAUUUCUUAUUAAAGAUAGUUGGUAAUUUGUCCGACAUGGAUUUAGUUAUAAAUACCAGAGAUUAUCCUCAGUCCAGCGAAUAUUUUGGAAAUGCCAUGCCUAUUUUUUCAUUUAGUAAGACACCACAAUAUUAUGAUAUUAUGUAUCCAGCAUGGGCAUUUUGGGAAGGUGGUCCAGCUAUAUCGUUGUAUCCCCGUGGUCUUGGCAGAUGGGAUCAACAUCGUAAAUCGUUGAACAAGGCGAGUUUGGAAAUUCCAUGGGAAAAGAAAGAAAGUAGAGGAUUCUUUCGCGGAUCAAGAACGAAUUCGGAACGCGAUAACUUGAUUUUAUUAAGUCGUAAUAAACCUCACUUAGUAGACGCUCAAUAUACUAAAAAUCAAGCAUGGAAAUCUAAUGAGGAUACUUUACAUGCAACACCAGCAUCAGAGGUAUCUUUAGAAUCGCAUUGCACGUAUAAAUACUUAUUCAACUUUCGAGGUGUGGCAGCUUCGUUUCGAUACAAACAUUUAUUUCUGUGCCGAUCAUUGGUCUUUCAUGUCGGCGACGAGUGGAUGGAAUUUUAUUAUUAUGCCAUGAAACCGUGGAUCCAUUACAUACCUGUCCCUAAAAAUGCAGAUCAAAAAGAGUUGGAGGAUUUGAUUGAAUUUGCAAGGAACAAUGACGAUCUAUCAAAGAAGAUUGCUCAUCGCGGAAGAGACUUUAUAUGGAAUAAUUUGCGAAUGUCAGAUGUUACGUAUUUUUGGAAACAACUUCUUAAAAGUUAUGGUAAACUUGUAGUGUACGAACCAGUAUUAAAGAAAGAUCUCAUAAACAUUAAAAAGGAAUAGUGAAUAUAGUCGUGAUAAUUUUGUACGAACGUUAAAUGAAUCGCGCG